AAGACGUUUGCAGUGUAACGUUUCGACGUUCGAAUAGUGACAACAGCUGGCCAGGUGUAUCCGGGGAGGUGUCAGGUACCUGAGAUUUAUACUGGGCUGCUGGAGACACCCACAACAGGCCUCUUCCCUGUUUUAUGCGGACGUGCACUAAGACCCGGGAGGUAACUUCCACCUGAGCUGGUUUGUUGCCGGAAGUGAGCGCUGGAGGCCGUGGAGGAUGGUUUGUGAGAAAUGUGAAAAGAAGCUGGGAAGAGUUAUCACACCAGACACUUGGAAAGAUGGGUCAAGGAACACGAUGGAAAGCGGUGGCCGCAAGAUCAAUGAAAAUAAAGCAUUAACUUCUAAAAAAGCAAGAUUUGAUCCCUACGGAAAGAGCAGAUUUUCAGUAUGCCGUAUCUGUAAAAGUGCAGUUCACCAGGCUGGUUCUAAUUAUUGUCAAGGAUGUGCGUACAAAAAAGGCAUCUGUGCAAUGUGUGGCAAAAAAAUCUUGGAUACUAAAAACUACAAGCAGACAUCUGUCUAACUUCAUUUCAGAGAUGCUGCUAGGUAUAUUGGUUAUCAUGGAAACUUAUGACCAAUAAGGCCGUGAGCAUGUUAAUAUCUAUAUGUUAUGAGCCUGUCUGGGGUUCUAUACCUGCAUAUUUCAAAAGUAGAAGACUGUCAAUUAAACAAAACUUCUCAACUAA